UUCACACUCAGCUCUGUUUGCUCUUGUCCACCGGUUUGCUCUACACCAUUUUAAAAACUCCAUCCGAUUUCCUCAGGGAUAUUGUCUUUGAGGGAACAAGCGGUUUGCAUGACGUUACAAUUCCAGUGAUGUGCUCUUACACGGCGGCAUUUCGGGAAAACUACCUACACGCGCUCUGACAGGGCCCACCCCCCGUUCUCUCUGGCGUGUUUCUGCGACACGAAGGUGUAACACCAGCUGGGCACUGCUCAGGUACUGCGUGACGUCGGAGCUGCUGUCUGCCCCGCGCGGAGCGGAGCCCGUGCCCGCUGCACGUGGACUCCCGGCGGUUCCGACACGAGACGUGACAGGAAUUCCCGAGCGGCUCCUCACGCACGAGCAUAAGCGCGCGAAUUAAAAUAUUGAACCAAUGGCACUUCUCGUGAAAGAGUUGGGGGAUCCGACUGUCGUCUGAAAAAUAUUAUUCAUUAUAACACGAACUAUACAGAAGCCCCCCCAAAAAAUACCCUGGGUGCUUGUUAACACUGAAACAAAUAAAACAGUCCCUCGUCUGCAAACGAAACCGGCCAGCGGGGUUCCCGCACAGCUCGGACAGACCCGCUGGGGACGGCGGGGAGCACCGAGGCGGAGACCAGAAUCGACAGGGUAUUAAAAAAAAAACAGCGCGGAGGCUAAGUGUUAAAAUUUUCAUCAAUGAGUAUAAUUUCGCCAGCUCCCUCUCGCCGCCCGACUCUGCUCCGCAUCCGACAGCUGACAUUAGAAUAGAACCUUGCGUUAGCGCCCCCCCAGAAGCUGACGUCACUGUGGUCGCUAUUUGCAUGAAACUGCUUUUCUGCAGCCGCUGCCGGAGCUCAUAUCUCGCUGUUUCUUGCCGACGAGCACCAGAGAGAGAGAGAGAGGGAGAGAGGGAGAGAGAGAGAGAGGGAGGACGGACGAGACAGAGCAGGGGGAAUACAAUUCUCGCAGCAGACAGCCGAGAGUAAAACCGCCAGCCGCACACAGCGAAUCCACCGCGACCCCCGGCGUCCAGCCCCCGCUGCCCUCGACACCCCUCGCUCGGACCCCGGGCGGGAAUGGAGCUGCCCGCCGCCGGCGAGCACGUCUUCGCCGUGGAAAGCAUCGAGAAGAAGCGGAUCCGAAAGGGAAGAGUGGAGUACCUGGUCAAGUGGAGGGGAUGGUCGCCCAAAUACAACACGUGGGAGCCGGAGGAAAACAUUCUGGACCCGAGGCUGCUCAUCGCUUUCCAAAACAGGGAGAGGCAGGAGCAGAUGAUGGGAUACCGCAAGAGGGGCCCCAAACCCAAACACCUGCUGGUCCAGCUCCCUGCCUUCGCGCGGAGGUCCAGCGUGCUCUCGGGGCUGCAGGAGUCCCCGCCGGAAGAAGACGGGCGCCCCAAGGCUGAGCCGGUCCCAGCGGCGCCCCGAGUCCAGCCGCAGCAGUACCAGCUGAACAGCAAGAAGCACCACCAGUACCUGCCCAACGGCAAGGAGAGCCAGGCGGACCCGCAGGCCGGCGGCAAGAAGAAAUACUACUACCAGCUCAACAGCAAGAAGCACCACCACUACCAGCCCGACCCCAAGAUGUACGACCUGCAGUUCCAGAGGGCCAAGGAGGCCAAGAGCACCAGCGGCCCCGGCUGGAGCCUGUGCCCCCCGCUGCAGCAGAAGUGCUGCCUCAGCCAGGUGAAGGACCUGUCCGUGGAGCUGAAGAAGCUGCCGGGCCCCCUGACGGGGAGCCGCCCGGGGCUCGGCUCGGGCGAAGCCGGCGCCGCCAGGGACGCGCCCGAGGCGCGGCAGGAGGAGCCCUUGUCGGGGUUCAAGCCCUUCCUGGGGAACAUCAUCAUCACCGACGUCACGGCCAACUGCCUCACUGUGACCUUUAAGGAGUACAUCACUGUCUAGCCCGAGGACUACUGCUGGACACGCGGAUCUGUACAGUAUAGAAGAAAGAUUAUUAUAAUAUUCAUAAUUUAUGGUGUUGAAUAGACGUUUGUUAUUGUGACUGAUGCUACACGGACAGAGCUCACCGACCCCAAGUCACCGAUUCGCCGGCUGUUCUCUUCGACAUGGGCCUCUUCCAGAGUGGUAGUUUUUCUUUUUUCGGGGAAAAAAAAAAAGAUUUUCGACGUUAUAAACCCUUUGUUUGUGCGGUAUGGUGCUGGCUCUCCUGUGUGAGCGCAGGCGUGGCGCGCUGGGGUGGGACCCGCGGCGGGAGGCUCUGCUGGGAGACGGGGUGUCCCCUCCUCCCUGGCACAGGGGGUGUCGGGGCUCAGAUCCAAUAGCACUGACCUACAACGUGUAUAUCGAUAUAUACAUAGUAUAGAGGUAUGCUUCAAUCAUUUUUUGUACUUGAAGAUUUUUUUGUACCGUUUCCACUGGAAUCGAGCUUUAGGAUCCUUGCGCUUGAUUUGGUUGGGAGAGCUGAGAGCGAUGAAUCCGUGGGGCAGAGAGGGCACUGCUGCCCCCUGCUCUCGCCUGCUGGGGCAGCCCGCUGCUCCGCCAGUCUGGAUUCUGCCCCGGUCUGAAGGCAACAGGGGUCAGUUGUCCUGAUGUUUGGUUAAACAGCACAAAAUGGGAUACAUUUAUGAAGGAGCUACAGGACAAAAGUGUAAUUUGCACUAUUUUUACUUUUUUGGAGUGGUGGUGGUGGUGGGGGGGCGGGUGUGGGGGUAAACAAGUAAGAAAUGUUCAUCUUUAUUGAUGAGGUGGUGUCUUCAACUUUAAUGGUAAAGAAAAAAUCUGAAACUCAGCUCCCUGCAGGCGUGGGCAGGGGGUACCUGGGCACAGGUGUGGGCAGGGUCUCGGAGGGAGGGGGCACCUGGGCACAGGUGUGGGCAGGGUCUCGGAGGGAGGGGGCACCUGGGCACAGGUGUGGGCAGGGUCUCUCGGAGGGAGGGGGCACCUGGGGGUGGGCGUGCCUGUCUGUGUUUUACUUUUAGGAGUGAUUUUCCUGUUUCCAUUGGCUCACAGGGACCUGAGGAUCAGAUUUUAAAUCAUUUGAGUGUCCGAUUGAGGACUAAGCUACCUGGGUAUUCAGCAGAUGUAAAUCUGUGUUUCUGUUGUCGUUUUCUUAAUUAUUUUUCUAUUCAACCGGUGUGUAGACUGUAUAAUCCUAAGGGAUGACAUUUGUUUUCUAAUGUAUUCAGAUGAUCAGGAGCUAUUUUAAAGACUGCUGCUACAGUGUCGAUAUAAUUUUACUUUAAGCUGUUAAUUGAAACUGCUUGAAUGUAACUACUUCAGAGUUUAAAAUGGCCUUCACUUCAUCGCUCACUGACCUUGCAAAGUCACUGCAAACAGCACAGCGUCCCUGGACUGUGAGGAAUAAAGUAUUUCGCCUCCGACCGCCCUACUGGAUGUCUUUCCAACAGGAGUUUCCUGUUCUGACUUCAGGCCGUUCAAGCUGCGGCGCGUUCGCCCUCCUCUGUAGAGCGGCAGGCCUGCACAAUCACACACCGUCUACUGCGGGAGAAUGCUACGUGCUUUCAUGCGAAACUAUUCAGUCUCUUACAAAUCCUGCUUUCUUUUUUGUUUAAUGCACUUGGCUGCUCACAGAGAAAUGUACCUGCUUUAUGUGAUAAUAUGAGCAUCUCCUUGUUCUUGCUUCAGCUUGCUGGGGGCGGCUUUCUCUAAGGUGUUCAUGCGGUAACAAUAAAAAAAAUGAGCAAGAGAGAA